UUUCUUAAUUAAAGUUUAAUUUCUAUUCCGUAAAGUUGGCGAAAAUGUCGGUGGAAUAACAUUUGUGUUACAGUUGGAGAUAAUUACUGAAGAGACGUUAUUAGUGUAUCUGAGGGAAGCGAUGUGGACCGUUAGACUUUCCUCUGGAUGACAACCGAAAAUGAGCACAGAAUAUCAAGAGCCACUGCAAACUUCUCAACGCAAGAUACCAAGUCGCCUAACCAUCACAGUGCGCUCCACCCUAAUGUCAGUACCUUGUCCGUCCUCUCGAGGUCCUAAACCUCCAGUCGCCCCUAAACCGAGACAUGCCAUACAGCAAGUGGAUGAACACAGCCAGUGUAUUAUUAGCAAUGGGGAUGUAGUGUCCUCAGAUAGUCUGGAGCUGGAGCAGGACAGCGAAUCGGAACUCGCACAGGAUGAAUCCGACCCACCAGAGGAGUCCUGCAAGGAGGAGUCUAUCAAAGUUAAAGAGGAAGAGCUGAAGGGGAAUCCCAGCAACCAGGAUUUUAUUCGUGAUAAAGGAAUCAAUGAGUUAGACGUAGUGGUAAAAAGAGGGGAUGGGGAAAGAGAGACCAACAUCAAAGAUGAUGACGAUGAUGCAGGCUCUGCUAAUGAUAUCAAGGAAGUUAUUGACAUUUUUCCAUCUGCUGUAGACCACAAUAAAGACACUGGUUAUGUGCCCCAAUCUCAGAGCACAAAUGAUUCUGAUAGUACAGUGGAAUAUUUUGCUCAGUGUCCUGAGAAUGAGAUUUCCACAGAAGACCGAAAAGAAGGUAAAUCAGAGGACAUAGCAAGCUUCUAUGAAGAAAUUGAGGAUUCAACCUUAAAUCAGGACACGUAUGCGGAAAUAGAGAAUUCAGAGGAGCCUACAUCAGAGAGUGCUGAUGAUAUUGAUGAACCUCAUUUCAAUGAGCAAAAAUGCUCCCCAACAGAAUGUGCCAAUCACCUAUGUGAUAAGGGCACAAAUCCAAGUGAGAAGGACCCAACAAAUGCAGAGGCUAAAUCUUCAAAUCAAAAUCUGCAGGGCAGUCAGGCUUCACUGUGUGAGGAGUACCCUUAUGAUAUCAUUGGAUCUUUGGAUGACACCAGUGCGUGGCAGCCAGAACGUGCCACUAAAGACCAAUCUGGGCGUUUCAGAUUCUCAGAGGAAGCGGAGGAUGGCUUUGAGCCAUAUUCAGUCAUAGAGGCUGUGCCUGCUGAUCUAAUGAGCACCUCAGAUCCAGAGGUGGAGUAUACUGAUGAGCAAUGUAGUCAAGAGAAAGCAACUGAUACUGAGACUGUAAUGGCAGAUAUAUCCGCCCAGGAGCAUUUUUAUGAUGUGGCGGAAAUAGAGGAAGAACAAGCACAGGUGGUGGACAGUGUCAGUUUAUUCUCAGAACCUCUGAAUCAGGACGACGAGGAAACAGCAAACAGGGAGACAGUCGAUGACUAUGCAGACAUAGAUCAUUCUUUGUGCGAGGAUGGAGAUGAUCAGCAGCUGGAAUGUGUAUCAUCAGAGGAUUAUGUUGAAAUAGGGGAUGAAGAUGAACCUGAAGACAUAACCCAUAAAAUUAGAAGGAAGAGCACCAUGAACCGUUCAGCCAGGUGCAGCCAAGUGGACAUGAACCAAAGAAAUAGUUGCCAGCCACGCCUUAGACUUUGCAACAUUACAGUCCCUCCUGACCUAGACCUGGGCAGGACUCCGGAAAUAACGAACCGACUUGUUUUUGCUCACACGACUGAGGCAUUUGAAGAGGACAUACAAGACCUUGACUGCCACAUUGUGCCUUUUUUGGAGAACUCAGACUCAGAUAGUGAUGAGCACAUUUAUGAAGAAGCAGGUUUUGACUCAGAUGGAGAAAACUUUAUCAUUCUUGACAAAAAGGCCAUUGUGACUCGGUCACGGUCACUUUCAGGGAAAGUACCUGGAUAUGUACCUGAGACUGUUCCAGAGGAGACAGGUAAUGAGUCUCAGACUCAUGAGUACUACACUGUGGAUUUUGACCAGAAUGGAGAUCUGAUAAAUUCACCAGAUAGCUCCGAGGUAAAUCGCAAAAUUCCUUCAAUGAAUUCUAGACGUUUUCUGCUCUAUCCACGAUCCUAUUCUGUAGAGGGUCGGGACAUGCAUUUAUCUGCUCAUUUGGAAAGUGAUUGCUCACCCAGGUUGGAGAACAGAGAGAAAAGGAAAGAUGACACUCUCUCACUACCUUGCGUUAUUACCUCUUCUGGAAGUUUUUCUCAAAGAAGCCACCAGUCUUCCAGUGGCGUGUCUACACCUACAUCUCUUGUGGAUAUUCCACCCCCCUUUGAACUGGCUUACAUCACCAAGAGACCUAUCACCAAAAGCUCUCCAUCUUUACUCAUUCAACACGAACCGAAUGACAAACACAAAAAGAAGAAGACAUCAUUCAAGCGUUUUUUGGCUUUAAAGUUCAAAAGAAAAACUGAUACCAAGUCACUCGGAGAUGGCAGUGUACGUUCCUCCAGAUCAUCGUCAGAAUCCAGCCACCAUGGGCCGGUGCGAGUGAUAGAGCUCGACCGGAGGAGUACCGGCAGCUCCCCUCAGCUUCAGUCCCGCGUUGUGAAAUCACAGCGCAACUCAGACUUUCCCACCGCCUUUGUGGUUUACAAAGACAGGCAAAAGAAGAAGGGCAUCCCCAAGACUUACGGGACUAGAGGCAUCUCUAGAGUGGAGUCUUUUGAGGAGCGCUCUCGCCCUCCGUUUAUGCCACUGCCACUCACCAAGCCUAGAUCCAUCUCCUUUCCAAGUGCGGAUACUUCUGAUUAUGAAAACAUUCCAGCCAUGACUUCAGACUAUGAGAAUAUACAGAUUCCUACUGGCAGACCCUCUCGGGCAGUUACAAUUACUGAAUUCUUUGACGAUCAGAUUCGAACAGGAGCUGUAAACGAAAAUGACGGUUAUGUUGACAUGAACAGCUUAGCAGGCAUAGAGAACAAGCCCAACACACAAGAGCAAGAGACAGAAAGUGCAUACACCGAACCUUUCCCUGUGUGUUCUGCCCCUGAGGCUCCUUCUGCUGAGGAAGACAAUGGACGGACGUCUGAGGAAGAGGAACUCUGUGUUGACCAGGGCUACGACAGACAGAUUGAUGGUAAAUCCAGAGCGUACUACAUAGCCAAGGAGCUGCUGGAUACAGAGAGAGAGCAUUUAAAGGCACUGAAAUUACUCCAAGAGGAUUUCAGGUCAGCGGUGGAGGGGGAAGAAGGAGAGCAGAGGGAGCCUGUUUUGGAAGAAGGAAGGCUGGGUGAAAUUCUCAGUACCCUUCCUCAAGCCUACCAGCUCCACACUUACAUCCUCGCUGAGCUGGACUCCCGUAUCCAACAGUGGGAGGAGAGCCCGAAGAUGGUGGAGGUGUUCUUGGCAUGCCGCAAGGAGUUUGGGAUUUUUGUGACCUACAUUGGCGAGUAUGACCGCAGCAUGGCUCUGCUGGAGGAGAGCUGCAGGCAGAACAAGUCCUUCAGUAAUAUAGUCAAACGCUUCGAGCAGCAGAAUACAGAGGGAGUGCAGGUUCCUUUAAAACACCAGCUGCUGCAGGUCAUUGUACGGGUGCUGCAAUACCGAAUGCUCCUCACAGAUUACUUAAACAACCUCUCCCCCGACUCCAAAGAAUAUGAAGACACACAGGCUGCCUUGGUGAUUGUGUCGGAGGUCGCAGACCAGGUCAAUGAAAACCUAAGAGACGGGGAGAACCUGCUGCGUCUGGUCCACAUCGAGUACAGUGUGAAGGGGAAAAGGAAUUUGCUUCAGCCAGGAAGAGUUUUUGUUAAAGAAGGCACCCUAAUGAAGGUCUCCCGCAAGAGCAGACAGCCUCGACACUUGUUCUUGAUGAACGACAUGAUCCUGUAUACGUACCCACAGCAGGAUGGCAAGUACAGGCUGAAGAAUACUCUGCCUCUGAGUGGAAUGAAGGUCAGUAAACCAGUCAUAGAUAGUGUGCUCAACACACUCAGGAUAGAAGUCAAUGAAGUCACCAUAACCCUCUCAGCCAGCUCUGUAGGAGAAAGGGAGGACUGGUUCCACACUCUGAGCCGAGCUAUAGCCGACCAUGCUGCAGGCCUCAAUACAUUCAGCUCCUCCAGUGAGGCGAGAGAGAAGCUCUGGAUGUCUCUGGGAGAAGCAGCACCCGUACUCGUACCCAUCACUCACGCCAUGAUGUGCAUGAACUGUGCUACAGACUUUAGUCUCACCCUGCGCCGACACCACUGCAAUGCCUGUGGCAAGGUUGUGUGUCGCUCCUGCUCCAGAAACAGAUACCCUCUGAAGUAUCUGAAGGACAGAAUGGCCAAAGUGUGUGAUUGCUGCUAUGCUGAGCUGAAGAAACGAGGUGGGAAUGUUCCAGUUCCAUGUGGCAGUGCAAGUCCUCACACUCAGAGAGCCAGUCGACCUCUGUCCGCUGUGUUUCAAAGCCUGCAGACCCCCAGUCUGUGGAAGAGCAGGAAGAGCACAUCGCCUCUUGCCCAGUUAUCGGUGGGUGCUGAAGGCUCCACUAUGAGUGGUAGUUUGCAAAGAAGAAAGAAGAGCAAGCGGAAGUGGAAGAGGCUGUGGUUCCUGCUCAAAGACAAGGUGCUCUACACCUUCACAGCUCGAGAGGAUAAGGUGGCGAGUGAGACUCUGCCUCUGCAGGGAUUCACAGUAAAACUGUCCGAUCAGUCUGAGGGAGAGAGCACAGACGGCGUCUUUCAGCUCUACCACAAAAAAACACUGUACUACACAUUUAGAGCAGAUGAUCAUUACACUGCACGCAGAUGGGUCAAUGCGAUGGAGGAAGCCACAGUGUUAUAGUAUUGGUGUAACCACAUUACAGAAUGACUUUUAUACCAUCUCCUAUCUCAUCUACCCAGCUUCAUUCUAGAUGGUUCAACCUGUGAAAAGAAAAAUGUGUAUUAUAUCACAUCUCAACCGGUUUGAUUAGCAUCUCCUGCCAUUAUACUCUGGAUUCCUGAGUUUGAUGACCUUAUUUUACCCCAGACCACACAAUGGACUUCCACCUGUCUGAUAUCACUGAGAUCAAGUUCCUUUAUCAAGGAAAAAUCCAGUACGACCAGACAGUUCACUUUCUUUCUGCCAGAAAAGUGCCAAAUGUAAAUACUUGUAAUCAAAUGGUGUAAGUAUCUACGUUCAGUCUUUAUACAGAAACAUUUUGCAGCUACUGAUCAUACAGACAGUCUGUCAGUCAAAAUAUCAGCCUUUUGAAUUUUGAGACACCAUGAUAUGUAAACGUACUGUAUUCAAUCUCUCUACACGAUUUGCACAUGUGCAGAUUUACAAAUGUAUACUGUAUUGAAUAUAGAUGUAUAAUUCAUCAUAU